GAACAACCGAAAUAAAUAACCAAAACAAAAUUUGUAAUAAAAAAAGCUGAUUCGGAAAAUUGUUCGUAAAUGGAAAUUCAAUGUUUCUUGUGUGACUUCGAAAUUUGUCGCCGCUUGUCAAAAGUGUUUAUAUUUUAUUUCGUUUUGCACGCUUUUUUAAUUUCCCCACCUCUACUACUUAAUAAUAUAAUCGUCGAAGACGCUAUAAUCCAACAAAAAACGCAAGCUCAACUCGGACCUCCGCGGUAUAAAAAUCAGCAAUCAGUUUGAAGAAGUGGAGACUAAACGGAAAAGUGGCUACCAGCAGCAACACUAGCAUAUCAGUAGACAGACAAAAUGUCAAAAAAUUAUAUCUCAAAGGAAGAGGCUAUUAAUCAGUUGUAUGCCACAAUAAAGACGAAAUUCGAACAGGAUGGCGUAUUGCAGGAGGUGCGUUGCAUGUUGCAAACAAAAAUGGUGGCCAUGAUGAAAGGUAAGAAUGAUGGCCAAACUACACUACUCGGACGUAAACUACCGGACCUAAGUAAGCUGAGCGAUAGCAGUAGUAUAUCAACGGCUAGCGAGAUAGACGAUACAGAACAACGACAGGAUCCACGUUUAAAGAUGAUGCAACAGCUGAUCAUGGAGUAUUUUCAUUGGCAUGGCUUUCAUUACACGGCCGAAAUGUUUUCACAGGAAAGUGGCACGGAGAAUGUGCGACCGUCGCGUCAGCAACUCGAACGUGCCGUCGGUCCGUUUGAGCAUAAAAGUCUUCCCAUACUCCUGGAGCUGGUGGCCGAACUUAUGGAGAAAAACCAGCCAUAGAAAAAGAUAAGGAGGGGCAUAUGUGGUGUAGCGAAAGAGUUUGUAUGGAAAGUUGGAAACAAAAAGGAGAUUUUUGCAUUUAAGAGACCAUUUUUUAGCUUCAUACGUAUACAUAUGUAAAUCUACAUAGUUAUUAAAUAAAGCGAUAAAUAUACGCUAAACUUA